AUGGCAGACAAGAAGCAUCAUCGAUAGAAAACAAUGGUGACUGGAGGUGGAGGAAAUAAUCAAAGUUAUCAAAAUAAUAAUAGCAGCAAUCAGCAAUAGCCAUUCAACCAGCAGCAGCAGUCUAGUAAUAUUGGAAACUUUACUAAAAAAAGCUAUCCUAAGAAAAACUAUUCAUAGUUUAAGAAUCAAGAUUAGAAUCAGAUCAAGCAAAAUUCAGUGUUUGAUGAUCCAUUUGAAGAGUCAAGCUAUUUAAAGUUCCUAAUGAGUGAAAGGUAUCAUAUAUAUGAAGACAUUGCUGCCAAAGAGAGAAGGUACGAGGCACUUUAAAAACUUAAAGAAAUCAUUAAUUAGUGGUAAAUAGAUCAUGCAGUCAAUGUAAGGAAAAUCAAUCAGCAAGAGGCGCAAAAACGAUAAUCUUGCUUACUGCCUUUCGGCUCUUAUGAAAUGGGAGUGCAUUUUCCUGAUACUGAUAUGGAUCUGAUAUGUGUGUUCCCUUAAUAUAUUUUGCAAGAAGACUUUUUCAAUACCUUUAAGACAUUUAUCACUUCUCAGAAGGAUGUUGAGAAUGUGAUAGAUGUGGUGGAUGCAAGAGUCCCAAUACUCAAACUUAAAUUUAUGGGAAAUUAAAUUGAUCUUUUGUAUGCAUGCAUUGACCCCAAACUUUUGAACGAGCAAGUGAAGAUCUAGAAGAUUAUUAAAGAUGAGUAAGUAUUUAAUAAACUCAACCAAGUAAGCUAGAAUAGUCUAAAUGGAUUAAAAGCAACUCAGAAUCUAAUUAAAUCUGUGCCAAAUCCACGAAAAUUCAAGAUAUUUCUCAGAUGCAUUAAACUGUGGGCAUAGAGAAGAGGUAUAUAUUCUAAUACAUUUGGAUAUCUGGGAGGUAUUUCAUAUGCCAUAUUAGUGGCUAAAAUAUGCCAGGAUCAUCCAGAUCUAGAGCUAGUAGAUUUAGUUCACAAGUUCUUUGAGGUAUAUUCUGAGUGGAAAUGGUUUGAUCCAGUGUUUAUAAAGAUUGGAAAAAAGAAAGACAACACUAAACUCGACCUUAAUAAACUGUAGGUACUAGAUGCCUACUCUCAGGAUAUAAUGCCAAUAUUGACUCCGAACACUAAUCCGAAGAACUCAGCAUAUAGAGUUUGCUAAUUAACUUUUGAUACUAUAUGCAGCGAACUAUAUAGAGGAAAGCAAAUUCUAAAAUAGUUAGCUCCUUCAACUCUGAAAGUCAUUAAGCAACCUGACGAACAAGAAGAAUCAAUACCUUAGACUCAAACUGAUAAUUAGGAAGAAAUUAAAGGGGGAGACCUAUUACAAUAGCAAAUACUAACUACUUCAACUAUAUCUUUACCAAAGAAGAUUUGUUGGACUAAGCUGUUCUAAAGAUUCAGAUUUUUCGGAAACUAUAAUCAUUUUAUUAGAGUUGAUGUGCUUUCCACAGAUGAAAGUGGCCAUCUCAAGUGGCAAGGGUAUGUUGAAAGUUAACUUAGAAGAUUGAUUUAACUUUUUCAAGACGUGGAAUAGAUCCAAGGUUUAAGAAUUUACCCUCGAGCCUUGUCAAGAGAUGAAACUAGAGACACUAUGAAUGAUCAGUUCAAGUGCUGCGACUCUUAUUUUAUUGGGAUAAAAUUCAAUGAGACUGGGUCAUAAGCGUCUGUUAACUUGAGAGAAUAAGUUAUAAAUUUUUGUAAUUUCCUUGAAAUUGGAAGAGUUACUAAACAAAUCAAUAAUGUCCGCAUAUUGCAUUUCAAGAAAUCAGAGUUGCCUGAAGAGUUAAUAGAGAAGUAUUGA